CAACUGCCAAUUUGACGUGUUCAGUUACAAGAAUAUCUCCCAUGUAGCCCAGGACACAUAAGGAAGGAGUCACCACUUCUGAAAGUACUUUUCCAGCCUAAAUCAUCUGGAUAAGUGAUAUUUGUUAGAUCGGUGGGCAUUUAUUUUAAUGGCCAAUAUCCUACACUGCCUUGAAAGCUGAUCUCUAGUCAUUCUUGCAAGACUCCUUUUCCACAUUUGUGCUAUCUUAGUGAAUUGUAUAGGAGGGGUGUCCAGUGAAUGGGGAGGAGGUCUUUGCUAGUACUGGUGUAUAGCAGUGCUGUACAAUCCCACAAUAGGUACAGGAAUUAGGGGUGGUUAGUGAGGCAGGACUUGUGUAGGGGCACACCCAGACAGAUCACAUAACACUGGGCCACACUGCUCAGGAGUGCACAGGAUACUGCUAACAUGUCUUUAGCUUCUCUCAUCUCAUUCCUCAGAAGCAAAGAGUCCAUCAUCUUCAAUGCUUUAGUGGCUUUACUGACAGUGGGUGGGCAGCAGCUUUUCUCUUUUUUCGCUUUUAGCUGCCCAUGCAGCCCUACAGAAAACCUGAGGUAUGGACUGGCAUUCCUGGGAGUACCAGCCUUGAUCCUGCUCAUUGUGGGCUUCGUGUUCAAUGACAAUACAUGGAGAUUAUUUACAGGCACAACCUAUGACUUCAGCAUCCGAGACAGAAGCAGCCAGAGUCUCCUUAUGAAGUAUAAGCUGAUCUGCUUUGUGCUGGGCAGUGUUGCUGGCAGAGCUCUGGUGGCACCAGUCACUUGGCUGGCAGUCACCCUGCUAAAUGGAUCCUACUAUUCUUGUGCUGCCAGCAGCUUUGUCAAUGUGGAUCGCUAUGAUAUACUUAAGAACCUGAGUGCUGAUGUUAGGAAGUUCACCCUGGCACAGUUCCCCUGUGCCCAACUGGUUUCAAGCAAUUUGUCCAGGGUCAGAGAAGAAGUAUUACUGGAGCUCAAGUACCAAUCACAGGUCAGUGGAUGGCUCCUGAUAGCAUGUGUGGCGAUCUUUUUCUUCCUAGCCUUUUGUGUGGCUAGGUGUUGUUCUCCUCUUACCUAUCUUCAGCUGAAUUACUGGACCAGCUAUACCAACAAUGAACAGACUCUGUUUGAGCAAGCUACAGAUCAGCACUCUAAAGUGUAUGCCAUGGAAAACAUUAAAAAGUUUUUUGGGUUUUCACCUGGAAGUAAAAAUGUUUCGGAAAUUCGCAUCCCAUCAAGUACAGAUUGGAGGACAAUCUCUGGCCUGGACCUGUUAAGGGCAGUCAACCAGGACUAUUGUCAUUACAGUCUUCUUGACGCAUGGGCAGAUGAGGAGCAAACAGAUGGAAAAGUUGUUCGUAUUGAUGUAGGACAAGUCUCUACGGAUACAACGUCCCCACAGGCCACUUCAUAAUAUUUGUUUCUUCACAACAUUAGUCAAAUACUGGCUCAGGGAGUUAUGGUAUAGGUUACUGGAUAUUUGAACUGUAUUAUUGCCUACAUAAAUAAAGAUGGUGGAUGGAAAUGAUUGGCUCUAAGCAAUACAAU